GACAGGAGGAGGAGGAGGGUGCUGGUAAAGGGACGUUCACACUCAUUGUUACUACUCGAGGAGCCGCGGAGAGUCGGCACAAACAUUCAGAUCCCAUUCUGAAAAUCAUCAUCUCCGUCAGCGUACUCAUCCCCACGUUCGGCGGAGACAAGGGAAGGGUGUGAGCUGUUGGUCACAUUAGAGCAUCUUAAAGGGCCACAGCAUCUCUCAGGUGAUGGAGGCUUUGUGACAUAGUGCUGCGAAUGACAGGUUUCCCAAAGGUGAUGGAUGCAGCAGGCUUUAACCAUGGCUGUGCUGGAUUACGCUGCCCGGCCCAGACUAUUUGUCAGUGAGCUGAAGAGGAGGAAGAGACUACCACACAGUCCUGGACGCUCCUUAAACCUUGUGAUUUUCCUUCCCCGGUGAAAGAGCUGGGUGCUAACAGGGCUCAACCCCUUCUCCUAACCAGCCAUCCCCGGGAUCUUUUUCUCUGCUGCUGUACGGACCAGUCAUGGAGCUCCUCUGGGCACUGUCGGUGUCCAUGUUGACGGCAUGCGUCGCAAUUCCAAUGGACGCGGAUGCAGGGAGCCACAGUCUGUUCACCUGUGAGCCCAUCACCCUGCGAAUGUGCCGGGGGCUACCCUACAACUCCACCUUCAUGCCCAACAUACUGAACCACUACGACCAGCAAACUGCCGCCCUGGCCAUGGAGCCUUUCCAUCCCAUGGUGAACCUGCAGUGCUCCCCUGAGCUCAGGAUGUUCCUGUGCGCCCUCUACGCCCCGGUGUGUACAGAAUACGGCCGGAUGACUCUGCCAUGCCGCCGCCUCUGUCUGCAGGCCAAGAGCGACUGCUACACACUAAUGGACAUGUUUGGUGUCAGCUGGCCUCAGGAGAUGGACUGCAACAGGUUCCCGGACUGUGACGAGCCCUACCCCCGUCCUGUAGACCUGCUGUCCAGCUCAGACACUACGGAGUCCCCCGUUUCUGUCCAGCGGGACUACGGCUUUUGGUGCCCAAGAGAGCUCAAAAUCGACCCUGAGCUGGGUUAUUCCUUCAUGGGGGUCCGCGACUGCUCCCCGCCCUGUCCCAACAUGUACUUCACCCGUGAAGAGCUGGCGUUUGCCCGCUACUUUAUUGGGGUGGUCUCCAUCGUCUGUCUGUCUGCCACCCUCUUCACCUUCCUCACUUUCCUCAUUGACGUGUCCCGCUUCCGCUACCCGGAGCGUCCAAUCAUAUUCUACGCUGUGUGCUACAUGAUGGUGUCCCUGGUGUUCUUCCUGGGCUUUCUGUUGGAGGACAGAGUUUCUUGUAACGCAGCAAGUCCUGGAAGGUUCAGGGCUUCAACUGUGACACAAGGUUCCCAUAACAAGGCCUGCACGCUCCUCUUCAUGGUGCUGUAUUUCUUCACGCUGGCCGGCAGCGUCUGGUGGGUCAUUCUGACCAUCACCUGGUUCCUGGCUGCUGUCCCCAAGUGGGGCAGUGAGGCGAUAGAGAAGAAGGCCCUCCUGUUCCACGCCUGUGCCUGGGGCAUCCCCGGUGUCCUCACCGUCAGCCUCCUCGCCAUGAACAAGAUCGAGGGAGACAGCGUCAGCGGCGUUUGCUUUGUGGGGCUUUACAAUGUGACGGCCCUGCGAUGGUUCCUGCUGGCUCCACUGGGACUCGAUGUCGUGGUCGGUGUGGCGCUUCUGCUGGCAGGCAUUGCAGCACUAAACCGAGUCCGCAUGGAGAUUCCCCUGGAAAAGGAGAACCAGGAGAAACUCGUAAAGUUCAUGAUCCGCAUCGCUGUGUUCUCAGUGCUCUAUCUGGUCCCUCUGCUGACUGUCCUGGGCUGCUACCUUUACGAGAGCAGCUACAGAGCCAUCUGGGAGACCACCUGGGUCCAGGAGAAGUGUAGAGAUUACCACAUCCCCUGCCCUUACCAGGUGGAGCAUACCAGCCGGCCUGACCUGGUCUUGUUCCUGAUAAAGUACCUGAUGAUGUUGAUCGCUGGGAUCCCCUCUGUGUUCUGGGUGGGCAGCAAGAAGACGUGCUUCGAGUGGGCAAGUUUCUUCCACGGCAAGAGACGCAAAGACAGGAUGGUCAACGAGAGCAGACAGGUGCUGCAGGAGCCCGACUUCGCCCAGCUGCUCCUCAGGGACCCCAACACACCCAUCGUGAGGAAGUCACGGGGCACGUCAACCCAGGGAACCUCCACUCAUGCCUCAUCCACCCACCUGGCCAUGUUGGAUGAACCGCCCAGCGGCAGCACCAGCCGGGCCGGCUCAGUGCGCAGCGCACGCUCCAAGAUGAGCAGUUACCAUGGCAGCCUGCACCGCUCUCGAGAUGGAAGGUACACAGCGUCCAGUUUCAGAGCCUUAGACGACCGGCUGCCCUAUGGUAGCAUGCCUCGCCUCAACGACCAAUCACAGUCCAGACACUGCAGCACCAAUCGCCUGGACAGCCUAUCACGGCACGGCUCCACCCAGCGACUGGAGACUCAAUCCCGGCACAGCAGCGUCAGAGACCUCAGCAGCACCACCCAAGCUGUUCUGGGUGGCCCGGGAAAUGGGAUUCACAGGGUGCUGGAGGAGGAUGGAGCUACAGCCUGAACAUGAAACGAACUGUUAUCUAACUUCUCCUUUCAAGGACACUUCUGAGGAUGUGACUGAAGAGAAGGAAUGUGAGAGGAUGGACAGAAUGCAGAGUAGCUAACACUGUGUGUGGUUUAUCCACUCCUGCUGAGUUUGGGAGCUAAAUGAAGCUCCUGUUUACUGAAGAUGAGAGACGGGCUACAUCCAGACAAAUGAAGUCGCAACGUUUGGAUUGGUGCCUUAAAAUGUUGUCUCAGCUUUAUACAACCGACUAGCUGAUCCCAAAAACUCAAACUCAAACUGAAUUUGGUCCAGUUUACAAUUCUACGAUAGAUUUUGUUGAACUGACUGACCUGCGAAUAGACAGCACUGAAAUGAUGACACGGCUUCACUGUAUGACCUACGUUACCAAGGCCCAAAAAAUGUGACCAACAAGGAGAGACUGCACUGCUGUUUACUUGUGCUGUAUUGUUUGUAUAAAGGACUGUGACCAGGAUGUGAAUGAUGGACGUUGGACGUUACUAUCCCCUUUCUUCUCAGCACUGUGGAGAGUGGAAGCAGGGUCAUUUUUUAUCUGCUACAUUUAAAAAUGUUUUGUACUUCUUCAACUUCUAACUCCUCCUUUGAUUUUCAAAAUGUUUAAAGUACUGGUAAUUUAAAAUGCCUAAAACCUGUAUUUAUAAAUACACACAAAGUAAAAGUCAAGAUGAAAGAUCAGCUGGCGGUACUCUGUUCCUCUUCAAACACUGUGUAUGACUGAAUAAUACAAACAAAGCUUCUCCACUGCUUCAGUGUGCUCGUGUGUUAUAAGAGGAACAUGUUGGGAAUGUGGUCUGCCUGAAUGAAAGGGCUGAAAUACAGGAAAAACAGCUGAAUCCAAACUCCUGCCUUACGACUGUGUUCAGACGGGAAGCUUAGCGAGUAUCACAGGCUCCAUGAUUUCUGUCAGACAUGAGGGAAGAGUACUUUGACAAGAAAGACAAGGAGAACUUACAAAAGGGAACAAUACAUGGAGCUCUGAGUUCAGUCAGGCCGAUAUGAACACACUCACACAUACUCUCUGUAUGGGGGUAAGCCAACAUACAGCUCAUGCUCAAUGGAUUUGAGCUUGUUUUGCGCUUUUCUAGUCUUCUGACACUCAACCCUCAUGACACACCUACACAUUCACAUUUAAACACUGAUCACAGAGGCUUCUAUGUAGUGACCAUCAGAAGUAAAUAAUCCCAUUCAUACACAUUCAUAUGCCACUGACAAAGCAGCAGGAGCAACUUGGGGUUAAGACAUCAGCUGAAGGAGCUGGGGGAUCGAACCCCCAACCUUCCAGUUUAGACGACCGACUCUACCAACUGAGCCACAGCCGGCCCCGUACAUGUACAGGUAGAAGAUUGGCUGUUUUAGGGAAAUAAACGUUGCAGAGGUGAAACUCAGAUGCUUCUCUUUCUGUCUGAACACACAUGAAGUGUAGAUAGAUGAUAGCCACCUUAAACGAGUCCUAUCCGGAGUAGUGUGUCUGUUAAAAAUGUGUCCUUAACUUGUAUAGCUUCUAUAAAAUGUUAGAGCAACAUUUCCUCUAGUGGACAGGAACUUGUGUACAGAUGUAAAAAAACUGAACUUUCUGUUGAUUUGUAAUAAAGUUUUUUUUAAAGAAUGGA